UAUUGUAAGUCAUUAAUAAUAACAACAAAGUAAUUGUGGUUUUAAUCGAUUGUUUCAAAUCAAUCACAAGACUUGUUGAGCACAAGACGUCAACCGUAAUGUCUAACAAUAGCUGUGAUUGUGAUAAUCGAUUGAAACGAAUCAAAGACACGAUUAAGUCUUAUACAGACUUUCCUAAAAAAGGCAUUUUGUUUCGCGACUUUUUCCCAGUUCUCAGAAAUCCCGAUGUCUUUAAAGAUUUGAUUGAUUUGAUGGCAGAGAAGAUCAAAAACAUUGAACCAAAAGUCGAAGCAAUUGUUGGUCUGGAAUCACGUGGUUUUCUUUUGGGAGCACCGCUGGCAUUGCUCCUUAAAAUACCGUUUAUUCCGGUCCGCAAACCGGGCAAAUUGGCCGGUCUGGUCAACAAGAGUUCAUAUACACUUGAAUAUGGAAGUGAUUCACUUGAAAUCCAGACUGAGUCCAUCACCAAUGGUCUCAAGUGUGUGGUUGUCGAUGACUUGAUAGCAACGGGUGGCUCAUUGAAGGCUAGCAUUGAUUUAGUCAAAUCAUGCGGCGGUCACGUUGUCUUAGGACUGGUAGUCAUCGAAUUGGUAGCACUUAAUGGCCGAUCAAACAUUCCGUCCGCUUUUGAUUCACUCAUUCAAUAUUAAUAAUCCAUUAAUUAGUGGAUAAAAAAGUGUUACUAUUUUUCUAACGUAUAUUUUUAUACAUUUUGAAAGCAAUAAAAUAACAAAUAAGCAGAAAUA